AGAGCGGCCAAUCACGCGCGCGGCGGCCUGUGUUUCACCACGAGCGCAGGGCGGUUUCAGCAGCACCGCACCGCACACUUCACCCGCGCCUCUCCUGCGCUUGUCGUCGAGUGCUGCUCGCGUGCCGGCCUGCCCAUGACACUGUUGCUGCGCGAGAGUGCUGCCGACCGAACUCGAACUCCCCGUGCGCGCGACACCCGACCCGACCGACGGCCUGUGGAAGGCGCAACCCAGCUCGACCUGCGUCACGUUGCCUCGUGCUCUGCCUCUGCCUGACAGUCCAUGCGCACACCACCGUCGCCGCCGCCACCUCCAUUCACCACCGCUGUCGGCAUCGCGUCGCGCCGCGCCGCGCUCUGCGACUGAGCAGCUAGCUGUCCCCGCCGGCGCCGACCUCACCUUCACUCUUGCACCCCGCGCGCACUGAUAAACACCACUUCGCCGCAGGUUUGCACCAUGGACCACACAAACCACUACAACAUGGGUCGCUCGCCCAUACAGCUCGACGAGGGCUUCUCGGAAGACACCCACAGUCAGCACGGCAGCGAUUUCAUGGAUGAGUCCAACGGUCUCGCCAUCGGCAGCAACGCGCAUCUCGAGCACAUCAGCACACUGGCCUUAACGUUGUCUUCAUCCCAGAAAUUUGGCCUCAUUCAGACACUUGCUGCCAGUCUGUCAACCGCCGACCUGCUUGUGUUGCACAAGACAAUCGGCUCUCUUGUCUACUUUGACCCUGUGCACUAUCUUCCUAAUGAAUUGAUUUUGGAAAUAUUCUCACACCUCUCCCCGCGCGACCUCCUCACAGCAUCGACCGUGUCCCGUCCGUGGCGAAAGCGAACACAGGACGAGGAACUAUGGCGCCACAGCUUUGAACGUGAGGGCUGGGUCUUGGAACGAUCGAAGUUGGAUGAACCAGAGCAGCUGGCACGGAGAAGAGGAGUGGAGCACGCGCAGCACAAACUGCAUACCACUCGACCAGGCUCUUUACUUGAGCGUCAUGGCAGUCGGAAGAGGGCUCGGAACGAGGCUUUCAGUGAAGAUGAAACACAGCGGGCGCAACACGGAGAGGCAUCCGGCAGCAAGACCGCUGAAGUGACUGGUUCCGAUGCAGAUACUAAUAUGGAAGGCGUGGAAGCUACUGGUGAAGUCGAAUCGGCAGAAUCAGCCCAUUCUCAGGCGUCUAGCUCUACAGAUGCGACGUCGAUUGACAGUCGCAUCGAGCAUAAGACAUCGGAUGGGAGCGCUCCUGACGAUGCCCAUGAGCUCGUGGUCAGUCCGUCGGUAUUCACGAAAGGCAGCACCAAAAAUCCGGCCAAGGUCAGUUGGCCUUGGCUCUACAAGCAGCGCCGCAGACUGGAGAGCAAUUGGGACGCGGGAAAGUACACGACUUUCCGUCUACCUCAUCCUGAUCACGAGUAUGAGGGCCACAGAGAAUGUGUUUACACCAUCCAGCAUGCGGGCAACGACCUGGUCUCCGGCUCUCGGGACAAGACCAUUCGCUGUUGGAACCUGAACACCCAACGAUUGCGCAUUCCAGAACUCAAGGGUCACGAAGCUAGCGUGCUCUGCUUGCAGUUCGACGCCCGAACGGAUGAAAAGCACGACAUCAUCGUCAGCGGAGGUAGCGACAAUUAUGUCAUUGUCUGGCGCUUCUCUACUGGCGAGAUCUUGCGCAAGAUGACGGCGCCUCAUACCGAGAGCGUCUUAAACUUGCGUUUUGACGAUCGGUACCUCAUCACUUGCUCCAAGGAUAAGACCAUCAAGAUUUGGAACCGACAUGAAAUCACCAACACCGACCCCAUCAUCCCUGCUCGUGUGCUACCACUAUUUGCAGACGGGCCUGCAUCUUUACCCCCUUUUACUCUUCUGGAUACCCUUUACGGCCACCAGGCUGCAGUCAAUGCAGUCCAGAUCAAUGAUAAUAUCAUUGUGUCCGCAUCCGGAGACCGCACCAUCAAGUCGUGGGACAUACACUCCAUGAAAGAAGGGCCCAGCCAUCGCAAGUCAUAUACAGGACAUACUAAGGGCAUUGCGUGUGUCCAAUUCGAUGGUCGCCGGAUCGUCAGUGGGUCCUCUGACAACUCCGUCCGCAUAUUCGAUUAUGACACGACAGCAGAGGUUGCCUGCCUCGACGGCCACAAUAAUCUCGUACGCACCGUUCAAGCGCGCUUUGGAGAUAUGGACACCGUCACCAAUGAAGAGCUUGCGAAGGAGGCAAAGGAGGCAGACCGCAAGUUCUUGAAAGCUCUGGACGAAGGCAAACAACCAGUCGAACCGUCGCGCGUUCGUAGACAGCGCAAUGCUGGCUCGAGUCGCCCGUCAGAUAUGCUAAGCUAUGGCACCAAAAUUCCACCUGGCGGAGGAGGCAGCAGGUGGUCCAAGAUUGUUUCUGGAUCCUACGACGAGACUAUCAUCAUUUGGAAGCGCGAUCCCAACAAAGCUGGCAAGUGGAGGCCAAACGUUCGCCUGCACCAAGGAUCUAUGACGAUCGGCAGCGGCAACAAUCGCGUCAGAGUCAACGUUGGAGUGACUGUCAAUGGCGCACCUCUCAACAUGGCCAAUCCUGCUGCGCAAGGCAUUCAGCCAGCGCAAGCUGCCAAUGCUGCUCAUCAAGCCCAUAUGAUCCUGCAGCAAGCGCAUAACAACCUCGCGCUGGCGAAUGCCGCGCUUAGUGAUCCGGCAGUCACAAAUGCCUCCGUGUUACCGCAGUCGCAAAUGACUGCUGUUGCCGCUGCGCAAGCCAACUUGAAUCAGCAGCUUCAGAUCGUGGCUAGUCAACAGAGUGCUCAAGGGCAUGCGGGCGCCUCCCAAGCCCCCACUGUCACGUCCCACGCGGAGGUUGCGCAGGGUGCCCCCACCACGAAUGUUGCGCCACCGAAUACACAACAGACGCACGUGGGAGCCAAUGUACCGGGUCCGGCACAUAAUGGUACAGCAGGCCCUGCAGGACCCGCGACUGUCGAUGGCGCAGCACAGCAAGCGCCGGCACAAGCUGCGGCGCCCCAGCAUCACCACCAUCACGGCCAUCAUCAUCACCACCAUGGGCACGCGCAUGGGCAUCGUUCCGAAUCGAAUCGCGUCUUCAAGCUGCAAUUCGAUGCUCGCCGGAUCAUUGCUUGUAGUCAGAACAAGGUCAUCGUGGGCUGGGACUUUGCCAACGGAGACAAAGACCUUGAGUGGAUCGGUGAUUGGAGUCGGGAAACGAACUGAGCAAAGCAGUGGUUUACAUUCGACACGAGUGGCAACGAGGCGCGAAAGUCACUCAGAGACGUUGGCGCCCAGGCCCUAGAAUUUAGAGCACCCUUCUCGCAUGAUUUUCGGUAGGACUUACGGUCUCCUAGAUACUGUGAAGACACGCAGUUCCUCAUGAUGAGGAGACAGAUGGCCGCGGAGACUCUCGGCACGGCAUCGGAGCACGGCAUAUACUGAGUAUCAAGUUC